AUGGAAGUCGGGGAGACUUCUCGUAGGAAAAGUCGUAGAAAUAAGUUGAUCAUAUGUUCGUCUAAUGAAAUGUUACCUAAGAUAUGGGAAAAAUUCCCGGAAGACCUCUUUGAAGUCGUUGGGGCGAGACUCCCAACAUCUACCUUCUUUCGUUUCCUUUGUGUUAGUAGAAAGUGGAACUCCAUGUUGACUUCUCAUUCGUUUCGGGACCAAUAUGCUCAAAUUCCCAUCUCCCAACCUUGGUUCUACACCAUCACCCACGACAAUGUAAACACCGCAGCCAUUUAUGACCCCUCCUCGAAUAAAUGGCACCAUCAAAAAGUUCAUUCUUUCUUAGAGAAGUUGGUUAUCUACCCUCUAGCUUCUAUCGGUGGUAUAAUUUGUUUUGUCAAUAUUCAUCGUACCCGUUUUUUCGUGGGUAACCCGCUUACUCAGACAUUCAAGGAGCUUCCAGCUUGUUCAAGCAUGGAUUGGUCUCAAGUAGCCGUUGGAAUGUGGAUGAAUGGAAAAUCCACAAUCGAGGGCUAUAAGAUCCUCUUCUUAGGUUGCAAUGGCCAGUACAUAAUUUUUGAUUCCAACAAGAAUAAAUGGUAUGAAUCAAAAGUUAUUUCAACGAGCAUAAGGUUGCCGUAUAUUUUGAACUUGCGCUCGCAGGCUAUCUCCGUGGAUGGUUGUCUUUACUUUAUGUCUUCAUAUCCAAACGGUAUGGUCUGCUACAAUACGUUGUCUGGAAUUUGGAAUCAUUUCUCAGUCCCGAUUCUACAUGAUAUGAUUUCUGGCCGAUUUCUCGUAGAAUGUGGGGGACGAAUCAUGUUCGUUUGUGUGAUGAUAAAAUCGUGUGUUUCUAUUUGCAUUUGGGAGUUUGAAAAAACAACAUUAUUAUGGAAGUACUUCGACAAAAUGCCACGUGAGUUGUGCUUGAAAUUGUACAAGAAGGGCGCAAAUAUGAUUUGUGUAGGUAAUAAAGAUAUGAUCUUUCUGUGCUUUAGUUCUGAAAAAUUGUUCAUGUUAGUAACAUAUGAUGUUGUGAAGAAAGAAUGGUUUAAAGCUCCAAGAUCUUUACUUCCCCGAGGAAUGGCGUAUCAAAGGUUUCGACAUAAAAUCGCAUUUUAUCCAUGCAUUACUGCAACACCUUAG